AUGGACCAGUGCGAGGAACGACCAGAUACGGUCCUGGAGAUAGCCAUCAUUGGUGGUGGUAUCGCGGGAAUCACCGCAGCGCUUGGUAUUCGUUCAAAAAGUAUAUCUUGCAAGGUAUAUGAGCGUGCCACGGAGUUCCGUGAGAUUGGAGCAGGAAUCGGCCUCUCGCCAAAUGCCGAACGAGCAAUGUUAUUGUUGGACCAGCGGAUCCAUGCGGCUUUCAAAAGACUCGCGACCCCUAACACUGAGGACUGGUUCCAAUAUGUGGAUGGAUUCAAUAAAUCGCCAGAUGGAGACGGCGAAGAGCCAUUGUUCAAAAUAUAUCUAGGAGAAAGGGGAUUCGAGGGGUGCCGCAGGACCGACUUUCUCGACGCACUGGCAAAGAUGGUACCUGACGACCGUAUCGAAUUCAACAAAGACCUAGUAAAGAUUAUUGAACCAGACUGGAAUAAUGGCAAGGUCGAGCUUUGCUUUGCCGAUGGGUCUACGUCAAAGGCAGAUGUGGUGCUUGGUUGUGACGGACUUCGGUCCCGCGCUCGAGAAUAUAUAUUAGGUGUCGAUCACCCAGCUACUCGCCCAUCUUACACACAUAAGUUCGCGUUUCGGGGUGUUAUUCCAAUGGAAAAGGCAAUACAGGCCAUCGGGGAAACCAAAUCCUUGACGCGAUAUAUGCAUCUGGGAGCUGGUUGCCACGUACUGACCUAUCCUGUUGCUAUGUGCACAAUGUUGAAUGUGGUGGCAUUUGUCACCGAUGCAGGCGACUGGCCUAGCCAUGAAAAGCUCACAUUUCCGGCGACGAAACGCGAAGUUUUUGAAUAUUUUACCAACUUUGGCCCCGUUGUCACUGCGAUAUUGAACUUGUUAGACGACAAGUUAGACAAGUGGGGUAUUUUUGAUCUGCACGAGAAUCCAGCCCCGGCUUAUAUCUCUAAACGAGGCCGAGUUUGUCUUGUUGGAGAUGCAGCUCAUGCUGCUGCCCCACAUCACGGAGCAGGCGCGGGACUUGCGUUCGAGGAUGUACUCGCUCUAGCUGUAGCGCUAGAAGAGGCAGUUGGAAUGACGAGCAGAAAGCAUGAUCCGAUCGAAAGAGAAGAAGCAUUUUGCGCGGCGCUUUCCUCGUACGAGGCGGUACGGUACGAACGAACCCAGUGGCUUGUAGAAAGCAGUCGAUUCAUGGGGGAGUUGUUUGAGUGGCAGACUGAAUGCAAUAUGGAUCCUAUUAAGUGUCACAGUGAGGCUGAGCGGCGAUCUCACCUAAUCUGGGAUUAUGAUAUUGACUACAUGAUUAAGGAGGUACAGGAAGUGAUGAAAUUAAAACUCAUGUAA